GCAUGGAUCUUAGAAGUCGUGACAACUCUUCUCCGCCUCGUCCCAGAUGGAGAAAAGUGGCAUAUGGUGGUAUGCAACCUGGUUAUGGUGACAACUAUACUGAUGAAUCAUUUCUUGAAGGCAUGGUCACGAAUGCCAGUGUUGUAAAGAGGGACAUGGUAAAGGUGAUGCUAGACUCAGUUUCCAUUUCUGAAUAUCUAUGCGUUGUUGCUCUCGUUGUAUUGGUCUGGACUUACACACUAACAUCAACUCUGGAUGAAAAUUCCCUGCUCUUUCUUGAUGCAAGUCUCCUUGUUUCAGGAUUUCUCAUCCUCAUAUUUACUCAAGAAAUGCUUUCCUUCAAUCUUCUCAUCCAUUACUGUCUCAAUAUUUCCUUCUUUAUAACUGGAUUAUAUGUUUUGGCUCCUAUAUACCAGACUCUAACAAGAUCCAUUAGUUCAGAUUCUAUCUGGGCAGUAACUGUGUCACUACUACUGCUUCACUUAUUUCUGCAUGAUUAUUCAGGAUCCACAGUAAAAACCCCUGUUGCUACAAAGAAUCCGGCGUUAUCCAGUUGUAUCUCUGUAAAUGCUUCUGUAGUAGCCUCGGUUUUUAUCGCAUCCCGUCUUCCAUCAAGACUACACGUGUUUGCCAUCAUGCUCUUCUCAUUGCUAGUCUUCCUUUUUGCUCCCCUGGUUACUUACUGUAUUAAAAAGUAUUCCUUCCGCUUGCACUUGUGUGUUUCCAUGAUGUUGAUUGCUCUGACCUUGAGUUUUGUGUACAUGCUGGAUCGGUUGCUUUUUGUGUUGCUGCUUAGUGUGUUAGUGUUUGUCAACGUGGUCUGCCCUUACUGGCUUAUAAGGCUUCAGGAAUACAAGUUUGAGAUCAAUGGGCCUUGGGAUGAGGCGAAGCUUUGUUUUGAUAUUACUGACUAAGAUCAUAGCGUACAUGGGGAAUACGGUGAGAAGUUGAGGCAACUGGCUCUUGAAUUUUGAGUGAUGGUCAGGUUUUGGUGUAAUUCCCCGGUGCAUUCCAUCGGCUUUGGGGCCGAGUAUUUCUGCUU